CUGUUUCCUGGAUCUAGUGAGGAUCAAUUUACAACCUUGAGAUACCGCCAUUCGCAAAACAUAUUUUACGUUUUGGUGGCACCUGAAGUUCUUGGGGAUAUUAAGACAGAAGCACCGAGACUGGAGAGGAAAAGACGACUAAAUAGCAAUCUUAUACAUGUUUCUUUUUAAGGCAUGUUUGCGGACAGCUAUGUUUGGGUCCAGGCGAAUUGAUCAGUGGGGUGUUUUAUAUUUUGACACGGCAAUGGCUAGCUGACCUUCCUGCAUUUUGCUUUAUGUUGUCUUUGUUGGUGGUUGUUCUGUUUUUAUGUUUAUAGUUUUGGAGAAUGAAACAUUUACUUGUAGCAGUCAUUUGUGAAUGUGACACUGUGGGAGCCGGAAUGUAUAUAUAAUUAACUUAAAAGAGCUUAGGAAGUCUAAGGUUCUAGCGGUGGACUGCACAACGGAAUUAUUUUGAAUUAGCAUGCUAGUUAGACAGAUUGGCACAGAAUGCUGUAACGUCGUUAGCUCUUUUACUCCGAUACUGUACCUUCCCUUACCUCAGAUCCGCUCUAAAAGAGCGGAGCACUGUCGGGAUUCUGUGCUGUAACUGAAGAAUGCAGAUGCCGCAUGAGAUAUUCUAGGUGCCUUAUUGUGAAUUACAGUAAUCAUAUGUGUUUAUCACAAGCACAGUUUUCACGGUAUUUACGCAUCCUGCCAGAUCGCCUUUUCUUGUGGCUUUUCUUAGUUUCUGCAAUUUCGCAAAGGAAUUUGCUGCUUCGCGGACUGCUUGCAUUGUCACUUUUAAGGGUUCCCGUUAAGUUUAUGGUAAUUGUGAGGUGCGCGACUUUUCCAACACCAGAUUUUACUUGGCCUUUUUUUUGUUGUUAGAUUUGCUUUAGAGGUCAGAUCUCAAAGUGGUGUUUAUAUCGGUGCUGCGGUAUCGCAAUAUGCUACCUGUUUUAAACUAUAUAGCCAUGCAACUACCUCACGGUGAUUUGUGGAAAGUGUGCUUGGACUACCUCACUCGACCCUGUGCUGUGAUCCUCGGUGCUGUUACUGCCUUCAUUUAUUCCGUCUGGGGAUGUGAGGGCCAGACACCGAUCCUGGUGUGUGGCGAUGGCUUCCGUGCCUUCCUGGAGCGACACUGCCCUGUGGUGGCUGAGCGAUUCAUACCCACACCCUGGUGCUGGGGAGGCCGUCUUCAGACCGUGACCCGUGUCUUCAUCAAAUCCAGCCCUCCCAUCAGCUACAGGAAUGAGCUGAUCCGGACAGUGGAUGGUGGUCAGAUCUCUUUGGACUGGGUUGACAACCUGGAGAGUGCUGUCUUCCCAGACUGUGGUCUGAGGCCCACAGUGCUAAUUCUUCCAGGCCUGACUGGGAACAGCCGGCAGACGUACAUCCUUCAUGCAGUGAGUCAGGCCACACGCCGGGGUUACAGAACUGUGGUGUUUAACAACAGAGGCUUCGGGGGUGAGGACUUACUGACUCCACAGACAUUCUCUGCAGCUGACACUUCAGAUCUGGAGUGUGUGGUUACUCACAUUAAGGACCUUUAUCCAAAGGCUCCCUUGAUGGGAGCUGGUGUUUCACUGGGAGGGAUGCUCCUGCUGAAUUAUCUGGCACGGAAGGGCAGUGAGGCUGGCCUGCUGGCAGGUCUCACCAUGUCUGUGAGCUGGGACACUCUGGAGUCCUGCGCUUCCCUGGAGAGACCACUCAACAAGGUGCUGUUCAACUGGCACCUCGCUGCCAACCUGUGCCGAGCCGUCAACAGGCACAGGAAGAUCCUGGAGUCCGUGGUUGAUGUGGACCAUGUACUGCAGUCUCGGACUAUCCGUGAAUUUGAUGAGAGGUACACCACUGUUAUGUUUGGCUACAAGACAUGCCGAGAUUACUACAGGGAUGCCAGUCCCUGUCACAAGCUGGCCCACACUGCCAUCCCCGUGUUGUGCCUUAAUGCAGCAGACGACCCCUUCUCCCCAGAGCACACUAUCCCAGUGGAGCAGGCCCAGCGGUUACCAAACGUCGCCCUCCUGGUCACAGCCCGUGGUGGCCACAUCGGAUUUCUAGAGGGCUUGUUCCCGAGAGGAGAAAGCUACAUGGACCGGCUGUUUGGUCAGUUUGUGCAGGCGGUUUUUGAAAACCCUGGGGACUUGAGGGGUGCGUGUAAAAGGAUCGAGAAUGAUCCCACUGAUUGAUUCUGUCCCCUUAGCAGUCCUAGUACCUGAACAGAUUUCUUUUUUUUUUUUACUUCUUUGACAGAAAGUGCUGUGAUUAUUUCUAUUCGUGUUAAAUGCAUCACUAGCAAAAAAAAAUGUAAUCAACACAAAGAAAGCAUUCUAAGUUUAUACUGACUAAAAAUGCUUUGUAUUUUGUAAACUCGUAGACAGAACGGAGAUUGCAGCAAGUAAUGAGGUCCAUGGCUUCUCUAAUUCAUACUUGUUGAAAGAAUGUGGUGAAUUUGAAAUAAGGUCUAUGAAAAUGCUUGUCAUUCCAUCUGUUCUGAAUAUUUUUCAAAUUAAUUUCUAAUUAUUCUAGUGUACCUUAAAAUAUAACGGGUUGCCUUUAUUCUAAAUUUGAAAGCCGAUGGGCUGACAUCUUUUGAAUUAAAUCAAAAGCAGAAAGAAGAAUGUUCAGUUAAUUGCUAAGUGCACACAUUGCUAAGUGCAAGGCAUUAGUUGUUUUCUCUCCACAUGAAGGGUGUAGUUUGAAGAGUGUUUGUGCUGACAGAAGGGCAAGACAAUAGUCAAGAAUCCCUCGAGGGUGGUUGGAACACCUUUCCUGUUUCAACUAAACAAAUAUUUCAAAUGUACAUUGUUGUAAAAGGUUUAGGUAGAUGCAAUGAAUGUUCAGUCUUUGGCAUUUUUCAGACUUCUUGAAAUUUGCCAUUUUUAAUGGAUUAACACGGUGCUAACCGUUCUCCCCCAAAAUAGGUCAGAAUAAGUAUGCAUUCUUUACCCUAAUAAAAUGAAGACAUUAUUGUGAAUAAAAAAUGUGUAAAUAUCACCAAUACAGUGUAGUAUUCUGGUAACCAGUGCUAGUGACAACUAAUGUUUGGCACAUGCUUUGAAGGAUGUAACUGAGAUUUUUUAUGUUUUAACUGAAUGUACAGUAUUACAGCAUGAACUAUCUUUGAAACUUUUUUAGAAGUUAUGUGAGUAACAUCUGUGAAUAUUUAUUUUUUUAUGAACUACUGUAUAUUAAUCAGAUCAUUCACAAUCAUUUGAUUGGUAUUUCAGGUAAUGGUGCUGCUUUGGAAAUGUGGCCAUGUAGGCUGGCGGCUGGGUUCAUUUUCUUUUUAAUAUCCUAGCUCUUCAGAUUUUGUCUGUUUGAGGAAAAAAAAAUCACAGAACAGCUUUGCUGCUGCUGUUCUAGAAGCAUUGCUGAUCUCUGAUCUCUGUGAUUAAGGUUACUGAGCAAAUUCCAUCAUUUAAAAAAUAAGCAAUUGAAAUACAAAUGCCAAUGCAUUUAAAAUUAUACAUGAAAGGAAAAUAUAUGAACUACGUCUUGAAGAUGCACGACGCUUGUUAUGCUUGAGUUGCAUGUUAUCUAGUGAGAUUAUACUGUCUUUAAGGUGAAAAGAGUAGUAAAUUCAGUUGAAGUGGCAUAUUCUUAGAUGGUAGGGGAGCAAAUUUUUGGGGGUGAACAAAAGAAAAAGGAAUAAGAAUUGGACAACACAAUGAAGGACAAAACUUCAGAACUAUCGAGGGAAAACAAAACAUAAUAUUAAAAACAGUUUCUGAAUUUCCUUUUUUCCUGUUUUAUCCUCCCCUAUUCUCUCAUUGAGUACAGAACAGUGAUUUUUGUUGUCUUCCUGUACGUGUUGAAUAUGAAUUGCUUAACAAUACUUCAGAUUUUAGUUAUGUUAUGAUGCAAUGUAGAAGUACGUUACAUGCAGACAACUCCUUACAGACAGUGCUAGUUCAAAACUAGUUUGGUUUAAAAUGGGUAGCACUCUAACCUACGUAAUGCAUAAUAUAUGGCAUGUAUAUUGUUUAAUAUACAGUACUGUAUGCAUAGACUCCACAGAAUUCUUACCACUUUUACAAAAAUAUGUAUAUGGUAGGGAAAACAAUCUGUGCUGUUUCACUUUGGAUGUAUUUUAAAUUGGCAACUUCAAUCACAAGCCUAGUUAAAAACACACUUCAGCUGGUAGUUGUUUGAAACCGUGCCAUCUUCUGCUUUGUAUUUUUGGAUCUAUAGGAAUGGGAGUGUGUUCAUGUAGAAUUAACUUUCAAGACUAGCAAAUAAACUUUUUUUCCGUGUAAUGAUGAUAAUGAAAGAUGAAUCUGCAGCAAAAUGGCCUGAAAUCCCAGCAUGUGAUGAUAACAUGUUACACAUCCAGCACUAGCAGUCUAGGUGCUAGUGACAGAUCUUUUUAUUAUUUUAACCUUUUAAUGGGAUUAAAUUUAAAUCACAUUAUGAGUCCUAAAUGAAGGCUGGAAAGUUGUGUGCAAACUGGCCCAGUUUACCAAAAAUAUUUUUUGGUAAACUAUGCCAGAAAUUAAGUUAUAUAAUUCAUUAUAUUAAUUUUACAACAUUUUUUUCACAAUAUAAAUGUAGUUGUGUUGCCAGGACUCGGUUUGAGAAGCACUGUUUUUUUGUAUCAGGACUAGAGGUCUGCACGGGCAUGAAAUUGAAGCCCGAACCCGGCCCGUACCCGAGACCUGACCCUGAAAUCGGUCACUUUCUUUUCCUCUCGGAGCCAGUAGAGACACAUGCACGCACGGAGACGGAUUCUCACAGGCGCCGUUUUACUGUGCUUUGCUCGACUGCUAUGCGCUUGGGUUGAUAGAAAAUGCCGUGCACUGAGGCAAAACUGGUAUUUUAUCAAUCUGCAAUACUUUUUAAAGUGGGGAACAGCUGAUAACUGUAAUAGGCCUACUAAAAAAAGCUAGCGCUAUAAGCAAAGUGAAUAUCCAGCACAUUUCAAAAUGAAAAAAACAUUACUGGGUUUUGCUCUGUUAGUAUUACGCACAUACGAGAGAGAGAACGAGCGCGCAAAAUGAGUUACGAAAUUCUUCUAAUAAAAAUAAAUUUACAUAAAAUAAAAACAAAUUUUUACUUAUUGUAAAAAAAAAAACGAACCCGGCCCGAGUCCGACGUUGUACGUGAAAAACCGUCUUGAAACCAGAUACUCGGCUCGGGUCAGGUAUCGGACUUCUAAUCGGGACCGAGGAAUUGUGUAACACAGGUCUCCGCACAGUAGAUGUACUGCCACCCUGUGGAAGUUAAUGAAUUCGUCACAGCUUAGAGCUGUCUGUGUUUUGUAUAUCGACUUUUAUGUUACACAGUAGUUCAGUCCAUACGAGAAAAACGUGCCUUAGCUUUUUGGAUUUCAGUUCGCAUGAAUCUUUUCCUAGGUUUUUUUUUUAAAAAUUGUGUGUUUUAGCUGUUGAUUUUUAAUCACUUUUAAUAAGGGAAAAAAUGUUUUUCAACACAAUUGCACACACGUUGGGCAUACCAUAGGGAACAAAUGAAGUCGGUCUUAAACAUUUUAUUAUGUUUCUGCUGCUUAGUACUAUAGAACUCAUCUUUGUAUGUAAAUGUUACUCAGUGGGCAUUAGUAGUACAACAGAUACUGUAUGUAUCUGAAUAUAAAAUGACGGUGGGCACUGUUCCCAAAAUGUUUCAAAGGAAUUUUGAAGGAGAAUUGCUGUAAUUUAUGCCGUAAUUAAAAAUAUAAUUUCCUGCUCAUGGUUUUCAAACAUGUCAUAGAAAUCAUUUUGCAUUUCAUGAAGUAAAUUCCCUGCAAUUGGAUUGGGUAGAAACCUUGCACUAGCCCACAGAUGUGCAUUUGAGCAAUAUUGUUAUUGCUUUGAUUUAGCCAUAACCUUUAGUCAUGUAGUAUUGCUUACUUUUUUCACAUUAUCAUCACUUUAAUUUCAAUUAUUGAUACAUAAUGUUAAGAUAAACAAGAUUACAAAACUAUUAUUACAAGGAUUUAGUAAAUGAGGGUUGCAUAAUUUUCAAAAACAUAUAUUAGGAAUACUAAGAAUAGUGUUAACCCUUUAAGACAUGUUCAUUGCAAUAUGAUUGGUUAAAAGAAUGGAACAAUGUAUAAACAGCUCAAUAAAACAAGCUCAAUUUAGAUUUUUUCUGUUAACCCACUGAUAUACUUUUGGAAAGAAAUUUUGUGCUAGACCAUGAAAAUGCAAAUGUUGUAAAUGAGAAGAGGGGAUUUAGGCCAUCCAGAAGACUGAAGAAAAAUCAUUGAAGAUUGUUAUUCUGUCUGCCACUGGCAGUUGAAUUACUUCUCUGAAAUUACUCUUUUUUCUGCUGUGCAAUGGAGAAUACAUUAGAAUACUGCAUUUAUCCUAGAUUCAGAUUCAAUUGCAGAACACAUUCUCCUAAGAAAUGACAUUGAGAACAGUGCCCAACAUUUUGUUUUCUUCUGGGGCCCCUGUCUUUAAAGCAAUUGUAGAUAAUACAUGAAGGAUAGUAAUAAAUUGUGAUUAUGGAAGUUAUUCUGAUGUAUUACUUUAAUAAUAAGUAAUUAAAACAGAUUUCAUUUUGCAGCCUUUGUUUUGCAAACAGUAUUCCAUUAAUUUUGUAAAAAGUUCUCUUUUGUUUAACAGCUGAUUGUGAAGGCAAAUUGUACUUCAUUAAAAAUGUUGCUUCGGUGUGCCUCUA